CCCCAGCUGGACAACAGGCGCAGCCGGGGCAGCUAAAAGGUCCUUCCUUACUGUGAGCGUCCAUGCUGCUUGAUACAUGUGAGAGUUUCCUAAUUUCCUACAUAGCAAACCUUUGUUGAUAAUAUUCUGCCAGAGAAUUGUGUGUCAUAAUGCAGAGGAAGAAGAUUGAUAAUCGCAUCCGGGUGCUCAUCGAGAAUGGCGUCAGUGAAAAACACAGGAACUUGUUUGUGAUUGUUGGAGACCAUGGAAAAGAUCAGGUGGUCAUUCUCCAUCACAUGCUGUCUAAGGCCACCAUCCGCGCUCGUCCAUCCGUACUUUGGUGUUACAAGAAAGAACUGGGCUUCAGCAGUCACCGAAAGAAACAGAUGAGAAAGCUUCAGAAGAGGAUAAAAAGUGGUUUGCUGAACGUCAAGGAAGAUGACCCUUUUGAGCUCUUCAUUGCAUCCACCAACAUCCGUUAUUGUUACUACAAUGAGACCCAUAAAAUUCUGGGAAAUACAUAUGGCAUGUGUGUCCUACAGGAUUUUGAGGCUCUGACUCCCAAUUUACUGGCUCGGACGGUAGAGACGGUAGAAGGUGGAGGGAUUGUAGUGAUUCUCCUUCGCACAAUGAGUUCUUUGAAGCAGCUGUACACAAUGACUAUGGAUGUCCACUCAAGAUACAGGACAGAGGCACAUCAAGAUGUGGUGGGGAGAUUCAAUGAGAGGUUCAUUCUGUCUCUGUCAUCCUGUAAGAAUUGCAUGGUCAUUGAUGACCAACUCAACAUCCUCCCAGUCUCUAGCCAUAUCUCCAACAUCAAGCCAAUCCCACCCAAAACACAGGAACAAACCCUGACCCCCGAAGAGCAGGAAUUACAAGAUGUAAAGCAGAGUCUUCAGGACACACAACCAGUGGGAGUCCUGGUCGAAAAUUGCAAAACACUGGACCAGGCCAAGGCGUUACUCAAGUUUAUUGAGGCUGUUUCUGAGAAGACUCUUCGUAGCACAGUAGCCAUGACAGCAGCUCGAGGACGGGGAAAAUCUGCUGCUCUGGGGUUGGCAAUAGCCGGCGCUGUGGCUUUUGGUUACUCAAAUAUCUUUGUGACCUCACCAAGCCCUGAUAAUCUUCACACCCUCUUCGAGUUCAUCUUUAAAGGGUUUGAUGCCCUGCAGUACCAGGAACACUUGGAUUAUGAGAUUAUCCAGUCAUUGAAUCCAGAGUUUGAGAAGGCAGUGGUACGAGUAAAUGUGUUCAAGGAGCACAGACAGACCAUACAGUACAUCCACCCGGCCGAUGCCGUCAAGUUAGGCCAAGCAGAGCUGGUUGUAAUUGAUGAAGCUGCUGCAAUUCCUCUGCCCCUUGUGAAGAGUCUGAUGGGGCCCUACCUGGUCUUCAUGGCAUCAACCAUCAAUGGGUAUGAAGGGACUGGCCGGUCUCUGUCCCUGAAGCUGAUUCAGCAGCUGCGGCAGCAAAGUGCAGACAGUCAGGUCAUUGUGACUGCUGAGAACAAAUCCUCCACCAGCAACCGGCUGGCAUCAGCUCGUACGCUGCAUGAGGUUUCUCUGCAGGAGUCCAUCCGUUACGCUCCUGGAGAUCCCGUCGAGAAAUGGCUAAACGAUUUGCUGUGUUUGGACUGUCUGAACAUCACCCGAAUCAUCUCUGGCUGUCCGCUCCCAGAAACCUGUGACUUAUAUUAUGUGAAUCGGGACACAUUGUUUUGCUACCACAAAGCUUCUGAAUCAUUUCUCCAGAGACUAAUGGCUCUCUAUGUUGCUUCUCACUACAAAAAUUCACCAAAUGACCUCCAGAUGUUGUCUGAUGCCCCAGCUCAUCACCUCUUCUGCCUCCUCCCUCCGGUUCCUGCCACCCAGAAUUCCUUGCCUGAGGUUUUGGCUGUUGUUCAGGUCUGUCUAGAGGGUGAAAUUUCCCGCCAGUCUGUCAUGAACAGUCUGUCCCGUGGUAAGAAGGCAUCGGGGGACCUGAUUCCAUGGACUGUCUCUGAGCAGUUCCAAGAUCCAGAUUUUGGAAGCCUCUCUGGAGGAAGAGUUGUGAGAAUAGCAGUCCACCCAGACUACCAAGGGAUGGGUUAUGGGAGCCGGGCUCUGCAGUUAUUGCAGAUGUACUAUGAGGGACAGUUUCCAUGUCUGGAUGAGAACGCUGCCCAGAAUCCUAAGGAGAUCACUUCCGUAAGCAGCGUGGCUGUGAGCUUAUUGGAAGAAUCAUUGACUCCACGAAAGAACCUGCCCCCACUCUUGCUCCGGCUCAGUGAAAGACCAGCAGAGAAGUUGGACUAUCUUGGUGUGUCCUACGGAUUAACCCCAAAACUGCUGAAGUUUUGGAAAAGAGCUGGGUUUAUUCCAGUUUACCUGCGCCAAACUCCCAAUGAUCUCACCGGCGAGCAUUCCUGCGUAAUGCUUAAGUGUCUGCAAGAGGAAGAUGAGUCGGAGCAGGAACCGUGGCUGACGGCAUUUUGGAAAGAUUUCCGAAGACGUUUCCUGGCCCUUCUCUCGUAUCAGUUCUGUAACUUCCAACCAUCUUUGGCGUUGAAUGUUUUGCAGAACAGAAAUGUGAAGAAGGAAUCUCAGAGUGUAAUCAGUCGCUCAGAGCUAGGGAUGGUCUUCACUCCGUAUGACUUGAAGCGACUGGAGAUGUACUCCCAAAACAUGGUGGAUUAUCACCUUAUCAUGGAUCUCAUCCCUACGGUCAGCCGUCUGUUCUUCUUGCAACAGCUUGGAGAGCUCCAUCUUUCUGCAGCUCAGUCCGCUCUGCUUCUGGGUAUUGGCCUACAGCACAAAACAGUGGAUCAACUGGAGAAGGAAAUUGACCUGCCUGGCAGUCAGUUAAUGGGUCUAUUUAACCGCGUCAUCCGUAAAAUGAUCCAGCUGUUUAACAGAAUUCAGGAGAGGGCCAUCGAAGACGAGAUGGGCACUGCCAAAGAGGUUGUCAUGGAACCCACAUUGAAAUCUCUCAAUGAGGAUUUGGAGGAGGCAGCUAAAGAAUUUCAAGAGAAACAGAAUAAGGAGAUGGAGAAACUAAAAGGAGUCGACCUAUCCCAGUAUGCAAUCAGAGGUCAGGCUGAAGAAUGGAAUGAAGUCCUGAAGAAGACUGGGAAACAUGCGUCCAUUAUCAGUGUGAAGAGUGACAAGAAAAGGAAAUUGGAACAACCGGAGAAGAACGCGGCCAAACAGCAGAAAAAGUUUAGGAAAAACAAAGACAGCAAGCAGAAGCGUGGAAAAUGAGCAGCUGGACCUCUGUUUGGAUAAAUCUAUGGACUCUUCUAUUAUGCAAAAUUCGAGUGAUAUUUGCUCACCAACAUCUAGCAAGAGGAAGGUGGAGAACACGUGGGUCGUGCCUUAUUGACCAUCACAGUCAUAAUGUGUAUAUAGGAUGCUGUGAAUGUUUAAGCUACGCUGGAUUACAAGCAACCCAGAUUUUCGUCCGAAAAAUUCAAGUUUCCAUCUGCUGGAACGGUUUGCAUUUUGCUCAGAACACCAUCCAAAGAAGAUAAACUGCAAUAUUCCUCCCACUGUAGGGAAGUACUCUAAUUAAUAAAAUAAAAAAGAGGGGGGAAUGUAUAAAGGUGUUAUUAGAACAAUUCUAAAACUGGAGCAAUUUGCAUAAACAUUCCAUUGGUUUCCAUAGAGACAGCUCCACUUUUAGCCCUCAAUUUUCAUUUUAGUUAAUAAGAGCCUGCACAUUUUAUUUAAUCAUUUAAUGUUAUAAAUAGCUUUGUUAUUUUUGUUCACGAGUCCAUCAAUCGGACACCAGUUUUCAUUAAACAUUCUGUGUUCGCAGAUUUACAGCGACAAACUAAAGGCAAAUUUCUCUGUAUGAUCAUUUUACAGAUUUUGUUUUUUUUCUAUAACUGAAUAAAAACAAAUUGCA